AUGUCCAGCACCAAGGCUACGGCUAUGAGCACUCGCUCUCCUACAAUUAAACGAAUCUUACGUGAGGCAGCUGAGAUAUCCAGCUCGCCGUCCCGCGAUUACGCGGCGCACCCAUUGGAAACAGAUCUCUUUGAGUGGCACUUUACUCUGCGCGGACCGCCCAAUUCCGCCUACAGCGAGGGCGUCUAUCACGGCCGUAUUGUGCUGCCCCCAACGUAUCCGCUGCGCCCUCCCAUGUUUCGCUUCACCACGCCGAAUGGGCGCUUUGAAGCCAACCGCGAAAUCUGUCUCAGCAUCAGUGGCCACCACGAAGAGACUUGGCAGCCCGCAUGGGGUGUCCGCACAGCACUAGUAGCUUUACGGAGUUUCAUGGAGACUGAAGCGCGGGGCCAACUGGGAGGGUUAGAGACCACUGAUGACGUGCGUCGGCGGCUUGCAAAGGACUCUGGAGCGUGGAUCUGCAGCACUUGCGCAAAGUCGAAUGCAGAAAUCAUCAAGGACUGUGAAGAACGCUGUCAGGAUCCCGAUAGCACCGUCUCGGACGUCGCUGUUCCGCAGGAGCUCAAGAUGGUUUGGAAAGAUGAGCUAAAGACUGAUGAUUCAAGGCAAGAGGAUCAACCCGCUGCGGAAAGUACAUCUGAAGACUCGGAACUCGCCGAGGGCUUUGUGCAAACGGCUCCGCAGGUUUCUACAGUCGUGAACGGACAUACUACCGCCGCACCGCCACGGUCUCCCCAAAUAGCAAACCUCGAGCCUCCGCACAAUGUAGCGCCUACUCAAGAGCAAAGGGUACAUGCUACACCAACCCAAACUCAGACUACGGACGAGGCAAUACCGCUUUGGAUAGAUAGGGCUAUUGUGGUUCUUGUCGUUUUACUUGUUGCAUUGCUCAUCAAAGUGCUAUUUGGAUUAUAG